GUGGAGUGUAAACACGUGGCGCCAGCUCGAACAGAUAUUUCUGCGACUAUUGAUAAGGAGGACGAAGCAGGAAGAAGAAGAAGAAGAAGAAGAAGAAGAAGAAGAAGAAGAAGGGUGGCGCGAAUUGGAAAAAUUAACAGCGAAAGAACAUGGCCCUAUCUCAAGUAUCUGCGUCUCUCGCCUUCUCUCUUUCCAAUCCUGGCGCCAUCAAGCUAGGCAGAAUCACAAACACAUGUAGGGUUCAUGUACCGCAGCUUGCUGGAAGCCGAUCCACUUUCGCUUCUGGUUCUCCUUUGUUGCCAUUGAACUUGAGGAUGCCUCGUGGAGGAGGAAGAAGUGGAAACAGAGGAGGAGCAUCAGUUUCCGUGAGAAGCGAGCAAAGUACAGAAGGAGGCAGCGGUUUGGACAUAUGGCUUGGUCGUGGCGCUAUGGUUGGUUUUGCUGUCGCCAUUUCUGUUGAGAUCGCCACUGGCAAAGGACUUCUUGAGAAUUUUGGGGUAGCGAGUCCAUUGCCUACGGUUGCUUUGGCUGUUACAGCAUUGGUUGGUGUUCUUACUGCGGUUUUCAUCUUCCAAUCUUCUUCUAAAAACUGAUAGAAGCCUCUGCCCCAUUUGUUUAUUGUCAUUUUCUUGUAUCAUAUACAUCCUUCUUUCAUAUCACUUAAAUUCUACGUUCAUCAGAAUGCAAAUCCCUGUUUAGUUUUU